CCAGAAGAAGAGAAAAUUCUCGUCGACCCUAACAAAUCCGGUCCCAAAGACCCGUUUAAAUCGCCGAUUAUAUGGCUCCAGUGAAUCCCGCUCAAAUAUUCUGUAAACACUAAGUAUAUCGUAAUAAAUCUUUUCUGUCAGCAUUUAUGAGAUAAACACGCGGAGCACAAUGCAUCUGCCGUUUGUAACUCUGCUCGUGCUUUCCGCGAUCUACGUACACGCCGAGGAAAUAUCAUCCACCGAUAUUCCGAGCGACGUCGCAGAGGAACCUAUUCUCCGAGUACGAAGCUUGCCGACGACAAUCAAUGUAGUUGAAAAAAAUUGGACCAGCCUGUCGGACAUGCUGGAUGUUUUUAGUGCGCGUAAUUUAGUAAAAAAUUGGAUCGAGGGAAAAUACCCAGUCGGAGUGCAAUGCGGCAAAGACAUUACAACGUACGUCAAUGCUUUAAAAAAUGAAGAACUGUGGGCUCUUAAAGUUGAUGAUGCAUCCGGUAGAUUCACCAACGGAUUUUUCUGGGGUAAUUCUUAUUUUACGGGGUCAGCUACCGAAUGCGAUUAUAUCGGGGAGAACCCAUCGCACCAAACGUAUUCAAAACAACACGUAAAAGAUACCAAAGUUUCUACAUUCGAGAAAAUUCAUAUGGAGUCACGAAGAAAACUCAAUACGGGAUUUAGCGGAGCCAGUGUCUGGACUGAUCAAACAAAUCCUAUCGAAAUGCCUUUUCAACUGGGAUUUUAUAUGCUAAAACUUUCUAUAAACGUAUCUUAUACACCAACAAGACUGAUUCACCUGGGUGUUUGCCUGCCGUUCUCGUGUAGUGCGUCCGACGUAGCCGUGAUCGGGAAACUCGCCGCAAGCGAAUUUGCAAUGAAGCACUCGACAAUUGAAAACGUCAGAGAUCAGCACGACUCGUACGAUAUGUACGCAGAUCCGGUUUUCUGGGUUUUAUCCGGAGUUAGCGUAGUGGUCUCGAUACUGAUGAUUCUUGGCACUGGAUACGAUUAUUAUCUAACGAGAAAGCUAGCCCGUAAGAGAAAUGUAAUCUACGAUUUGGAAAAGCAUGGGAAACUCGAUCAUCUUGCUAAUGGUGAUCGGAAGGUCAUAAAUGCUGUUCAAGGUAAGGUCUACCUUCCUGUUCCAGUGGCAGAUGCUAGUAACAACGGCACGCAGUCAAUUAAUAAUAACAACGGUCGCGAAAACGAUUUGCAACAGUCUACCAAAGAGGAGCAACAUCUUAGUACCUUCGAGGAACUUCUGCUCUCUUUUUCCGUUACCGCUAACGUGAAGAUUAUCUGCGACCGUAACGUGGGCAGAGACACAAUUAGCACCGUACACGGGCUCAGAGCAAUAUCGAUGGCCUGGGUCAUCCUCGGGCAUACGUGCAUUAUCGUUUUUAAAUACUCGGACAACAUGGAAUAUCGUAAAGUGGUGGAGAAGCGAUUCCUCUUCCAGACCAUCACAAACGGGGCCUUCAGCGUCGAUACAUUUUUCUUUAUGGGCGGUUUGCUUGUGAGCUUUCUGUAUUUUAGAACCAACGCCAAGGGGGAUCUUAAGAGACUCACGCAGGGCACACGAGGCUUCGCCGCAGGCACUCUGAAAUUCGUCGGGCUUCUUGUAUACCGAUUUUGUAGGCUCACCACGCCGUACAUGUUCGUGCUGGGUGUAGUCGAGAUCUCGAUGAAGUAUUUCUACACAAAUUCCGUUUUUGAACCUCCCACAGCAGAUCAUUAUAAUUGCCCCAAUUAUUGGUGGAGAAAUUUGCUCUAUAUCAAUACUUGGUUUCCCGUCGAUCAAAUGUGUAUGCUUUGGAGUUGGUAUUUAGCAGACGAUACGCAAUUCUAUAUCGUGGGUGGGGUGAUUUUGAUACUGGCUACGAAUCACUUCAAAAUCGCAGCUUUCGCGUUAGUCAGUCUGUUAAUAAGCUCAUGGGUAACCACUGGCUACAUCGCUCUAGUUAAUAAUCACAUGCCGAGCUUGGACGAUCCGCUGGCCCUCUUCGACAAGAUCUACGACAAGCCAUGGACGAGACUGGGUCCCUAUCUGAUUGGCAUGACCGUCGGCUACUUUCUCUUUAAGACUGAUUGCAAAGUGAAAAUGUCUAAGACUACCGUCGUCGUGGGGUGGCUCCUGUCGUCCGCGUGUCUCUUGAGUUUGCUUUACGGUCUCUAUGAGGCGGAACUUGCACCCGUUACCGCAGCUGCUUAUUCAUCCUUGAGUCACAGUGCAUGGGCGCUAGGUCUAGCGUGGAUCGUAAUAGCGUGUAGUACCGGCUACGGUGGAUACGUUAAUAAGAUUCUAUCGUGGCCGCUCUUGUACCCGUUCAGCAGAGUGACUUACUGCUCUUACCUAGUUCAUCCGCUUGUGAUUCGUCUAACCGCUAUGAAUCUAGACUCUCCGUUUCAUCUAGGGAAGGACGUAAUGAUGAUAACCUUCCUGGGGCAGCUAGUGCUGUCGUAUGCGUUGUCGUUUGUAGUGUCGGUCGCCUUUGAAGCACCGGUGGUCAGCAUGCUGAAAAUUAUCUCACCGAAAAAGCGGAAACGUAUACAAUAGAGAUUAAAGUAUAUUUAACGCACAUCAUAUGCCCGUGCAAUUAUUUAUAUGAUCUUAUUUACACAUUACGU